GCCAGCGCGGGUGGAGUGGGUAGCGAGAUGCGGGGCUCGAGCUGUGUGGGCGGCGGUGGCGAGAGCCCGGGUAGCGCCGGGUUGAGCGAGGCUCCUCGCGGCCGAUGGCUGCGCCUUGCUCCGGUCUGCGCCUACUUCCUAUGUGUGUCCUUGGCCGCCGUGCUGCUUGCGGUGUACUACGGGCUUAUCUGGGUACCCACGCGGCCGCCCGCCGGCCCGGCCGACCCCCUGCCCAGUGCGCCUGCCGCUCCUUGUGCCCGUGCAGCGCCACCCGCCCCACCUCCUGCCGCCUCCUGCUUGCUCGGAGCCUCCGGCGGGCCAAGACUGCAGCCGCCGGGACUGCCACGGAGCCGCCGCCACAGCCGCCGCCCAGCGCCCGGAGCGACUUCCGAGACCGUGCACCGAGCGCCUGGAUAGCCUGGCCCGCCCCCACUGCGGCCUUCGCCAGCUCCCUCCGCACCACUGGGUCUCGCCUGCGGCCUCAUCUCCCCUGGCCGUGGUCCUGAUCCAGCCCGACUUCCACCCACCACGUUCCUCCCUGGGACUCACCGUUCAUCUGCAAUAAACUCCAGCCUCAGCUGCACUUCCCUGGUUUGUGGUCGUCUGCAGCGCGCGCUGGUCCCCUCUCUAACCCUGUAGUCUCGCAGCCUUGGAGGCUUUUCUCUUCAUUGCUAACAUGUAAAUUUUGGGUUGAAGUGGGGGGAAAAAGCUGCUUGCCAGUUUCAGGGCUGUUGAAGGUCAGAUACUGUUAAGGCCUUAUCAGUUUUUGGUGUGUCAAGGACCUAGGGCCUUGUCAGAGGAGACAAUCAUGGGAACUGCUGUUGGAAUAGUUUGCCGUGGCAGGAAUAGAAGCUGUCGCUUGUGCUCUUAGGCCCUGGCCAGUGAUGCUGUAGCUUUUUUCCUGGGGUCAGAGAGAUGAACCCGGGGUUUGGGCGGUGACAGUACACAUUUGCUGCUUUGGGAAGUGUAGAGUAUAUAACUGAACCAAAAAAAUCAGGUGGGUACAGCCUCUGGUCUACACUGCUGCUGGUGCCUUGACUGAGAAGCUGGUAUAGCUUCUGAUAAAGAAGUCAGGCGAUUGAGUCCAUUUUCCCUUACCUGUUACUGCAGCCUGGCCUUAGGCAGGUUGGGAUACCCUGCUGCAAGAAGGGGUUUUCCUGUAUGACCUUCUUUCCCCUUGAGCUGGACAGCAUCCCAGGAACUGAGCCUUGUGUCAGCUGGGAGCAUGUCAUCUGCCCUACUGGUUCCCUUCUGUUCCACCAGCAUUCCCCACAGGACGAUGUACAGCCAUGUACUUAACCUCUCUGGUCUUGUAAGAUGAAGAUAGCCCAAUUUUGCUCAGAGAAUUAAACUCGUGAUCCACUCUUGAGGACAGUGUUGUGGCUUGCGCCCAUCUCCACCUCGUCCUUCAGCCCACUCAGAGUCACCACUUACAUUUCCGUGGGUAGCCUGUCAGCCCAAAGUGCCACACACCAGUUUACUCUGAAGUAUCAGAGGCUAGCCCACCUGACAAGUCAGAGGCUAACGUGGAGGAUGCUGGGUGCAUCACACAGGAAUGGUCACACAAUGGCCAAGCCUGUCCUACGUAUGCUACUCUUGGGAACUGCAGGGUGUUUCAAGUUCCUUCAGCCACGUUCAGUGACUUCAUCCUGAGACAGUGGACCCCACUCAUCCGGUCAGGACUCCACUUCAUACCACGUUACGAAAACAGCCACCAUGGGAUUUUCCGCCUUGGUUCCGUAGUAGCCUGUCAACCAUCUGGAAUCAGAAGACCACCACUCGGCAAGGAGACACACCGCCACCCCAUGCUGUAAAGAAUGGGAGCUAUGUCUAGGUGGAGAAGUGAGUGGCCUUGUCUCAUCCUGUGCGGGUUAAUCCGAUGGGCAGGACAGACUGACUUACAGAGGAGACUUUGUCUGGAAAGCAAAGGCAAACAACAAAGCAGGGCUGCCAUAACUUGGUGCUCGCCUAGCAUGCACACAGCACACAGCCACAGUGUUCAUUUCCGUCCUCAACUUGAUGAGAUCUGGAGUUGCCUAAGAGACAAGCCUCUGGGCAUAUAUGUGGGGGAUCAUCUAGAUGACCUGAGGUGGGAAGACCCUCACACUGUAGGUGACACCAUCCCAUGGCAUGGGAUCCUGGACUGAAUAUGAAGGAGAAGGCAAGCUGAACGCCUCAUUCAUCUCAACAACCUGAACGGGAACAAGGUGUGAUCAGCUGCCUCAACUCCUGCUGCCCCAUGGGCUGUUCUCUAGUUAACCCUUCCUUCUUUAAGUUGCCCAAGUGCUGGGAUUAAAGGCAUGACCACGCCCGACUUUGUCCUUGUUUUUUGAGACAGGGUUUCUCUGUGAAGCCCUGGCUGUCCUGGAGCUAGCUCUGUAGACUGUAAAGAUUUGUCACUCAUUUUUGUUUAAUAAAAUGCUGAUUGGCCAGUACCCAGGCAGGAAGUAUAGGUGUGGCAACCAGGCUAAGAGGAUUCUGGGAAGAGGAAAGGCAGAGAGUUGUUUACUAGACAGAUAUAGAGGAAGCAAGAUGAGAAAGCCUUACUGAGAAAAGGUACCAUGCCACAUAGCUAAAUAAAGAUAAGAAUUACGGAAUUUAAGUUGUAAGAGUUACUUAAUAAUAAACCUGAACUAAUAGGUC